GAAAGUUCGGCUCCGGCGGCGUCUCGCCCCGCAGCCGGGGAUGAGCCGGGGUCGGGGGGCGCGCUGAGCGGCGGCCAGGAGGGGGCAACUUCUCCCGGGAGAGCGCCUCCCGCCGGGCUCCGCCGGCCGCAGCCCCCGGCGGGUUCGAGUGGUUUUUCCCUUGCCUGUGCCUCCCCCCUGCGGAUCCAAGAGACGGACCUAGGUCCCCGCGCUCCCGCUGCCGGGUGACAGGAGCCAGCGCCGCCGCCGCCGCCUCGGCCGCCGCUCCCUCCGUCCCUCCGGCCGGCCGCUCCCGGCCGCAGCCCCUGCCCUGCCCUGCCCGCCCGCCUGCGCGCCGCACCAUGGAGUUCUCGGAGAGGAAGCGGAGCAGGAAAUCCCAGAGCUUCAAACUGGUGAGCCGAGAUUAUCACCAGGAGGUCUAUAAGAUCUCAGAAUUCAGCACCGAUGUUAAUGGGGAGGCCAAAGAGACACAACCCAUUUUUUUAGGAGAUGAAAGCAUGGAAAUUAAAAAACAAAUUACAGGAAUGAGAAGAUUACUGAAUGACAGUGCUGGGAGGGUCUACCAGCGUGUGGGCAAGGACGGGGAGAAACUGAAAGAAGAACCCCAGGAUUUGGAUUCCAUCUGGCCUCAGCGUUUGAACUCUGUGGAGGCCCCGCCGAGCCUCCACCCGUCUUCCCGUGGUGCGUGGAACGAGUUACCACCCCAGAGUGGGCAGUUCUCAGGGCAGUAUGGCACCCGCUCCAGAACCUUCCAGAGCCAGUCCCACUCCGCCGGGAGCGCCAAUGGAGAACUUCCAGUGGUGAAUUCGUCAACUGGAUCAAACUGCUGUACUUGUAGCUGCCAGUCAACGUUGCAGGCCAUUCUCCAAGAACUCAAGAGCAUGCGGAAAUUGAUGCAGAUUCAGGCAGUUGGAACCCAGAACAGACAACAACCCCCAAUUUCCCUUAUCUGCUCCCAGCGAACUGCCGUCUCGCGCAAGAGAAAUAAAAAGAAAAAAGUGCCCCUGAAGACUGUGGAACCUCUCACUGUGAAACAGAAGCCCGGUGCGUUAGAAGCCGAGAAGAAGGCGGUGGCGGCCCCCGAGAAUCCCGGUCUCCCCUCGGCCGAGCACACCUCCCCCGGGGAGAACCACAUCCUAGGAUUCGGCAUCGUACUCGAAUCACCAGCCUCUGAUCCAGAAGUGCAACUUGCUGAAGGCUUCGAUGUGUUUAUGCCUAAAUCUCAGCUGGACUCUAUACUGUCAAACUACACUCGCUCAGGAAGCCUUCUGUUUAGAAAGCUGGUGUGUGCGUUUUUUGAUGACAAGACUUUGGCUAACUCCUUACCCAAUGGGAAGAGGAAAAGAGGACUCAAUGACAACCGGAAAGGACUAGACCAAAAUAUUGUGGGUGCAAUAAAAGAGUUUUUUCACUUAAAGUGACAGUUGAGUUGUAUUAAGUAAGCUACAGAGAUAUCACAAUCUGUGCCAUUUCUGAAAAGAAUGAUUCAGCCUGAAGCGACACUAAAAACAAGAUGACAGAAUCUGACAAACAGUCAAUGAUGUAACUAGGACUUGCUGAAGCGAAGAAGGGUCCCAUUUGGAUUUAAUGUGGCUGGGACUUCUGGAAACAUGAAGGGCAAGGCUGCUGUUGCUUUUCAUGCUGAAGCUUUUAAACGUGCUGAAAUGGAGCCGGGGACUGUUUUGAUUUUCUUUUUUUCCAGGGCAGUAUGUUAACAAUAUGAAAGUGCUUGGAAAUUAGGGAAUCAUAAAUGACUGUGUUCCAUUUUAAUGACAGAAGAGUUACCCUAAUCAUAGAUGGUAAUGAAGUAUGUCAUUACAAGUAGACUGAUACGGGUUUUAUGCUGCCAUUUUCAAUCUAGACUGGACAUCAUACAAUAGUUUGAGAAAGUAUAUUAGAAACAGAAAUAGAAAACAUCCCUUAAUCAUCUUCACAGCCCUCCUCUUUAGCUAGAAAUAAAAAUGGCAGUGAGGGCUCUUCUGCCCCUAAUGCGUGAUAAAGCAGAUUAUUCAAACCAAAGAACUUACACUUUCCAUACUCCUCUUUUAUUGUUGAAUUAAACCUGGCAUUAAAAAAUUCGUUCAGAACAACAAAAUAACUUUAAAACAGACAGAAAUCCACCCAGAAGGCACCAACAGCCUAAGGCCACAGAUAUUGUAUCUUCACUUGUUUACUUGCCGUGUUGAGUCAUAGAAAUAUUUCAAUUUUGACUUUUUUUCCUUGAUUACAAAAAUAACACAUGCUUGUAAAAAAUCCAAACCAUGAAAAAGCAUAGACAGCGGAAAGGCCUCCCCCUCUUCAGAGGGUACCGUGUACAUUCCUACAAUCCUCAUUCAAAGUGUGAAUGUGGCGUCAGGUUUGUCUCUCUUACGAAAACAUCCUGUUCAUACUGAUCAGCCAACGUUCUCACCUGAUUUAUUCUGACGAUGUCUGACAAGCACCUUGAGAAGAAGCUUUGUCUUCCUAUUUUUUAUUACCUGUUGCACUUCACUGAGCGCUCUACACACAGUCGAGUUUCCAUAAAUACACGUUGGGUGAGUGAAUGGACAUAGGUUUUUAUUUUUCAUCUCGACUUUGCCCUUAAUUUAUUGACAGAAUGGGCCUAGUACUAAGCAUCCAUCCUCAGGUCUUCUCACACCUAAUUUGGAAGGACUGAUGUCAAAAUGUUGCUGUAAAUUUCUACCACUUAAUAAAGUGCCAGUGAAACAAACAAACAAAAAUGGAAACCAAAACUGAAUAUAAAUUUGAAUACAAUUCUCUCAAUUCCCUAAUAUUUUUUUUCUUUUCGUGCCGUACUUUGACUCGCUAAAAGUUUAUUAACCCACAUCCUAUACUAUAAAGCGAUUUUUGGAAGUAGCUGUUAAUUGAAGGCCUUUUUUUUUUCUUUAACAAGAGAAAAAUCACACAAAAUUUAAUACCAUGUAUACAUGGGAGAGACCCAGGAAAUCUGAGCAACUCCUAAUUGACGGUCUUAUUGAAUAAUUAUACCCAGUGUUUCAUGCUAUUAUUAGAGUUAAAAAAAGAAAUUUAUUUCCCUAACCAAGUCUUUCGAAUCUGAGUGAUCUGGCAAAGCGAUAAAAUUUCUUUCUACAUAAUAAUGGCAAGAAGACUACUCAU